AUGGCUCCUCCGCGCCAGCGCACCGCCGCGAUCGUGGACGACUCGAGGUCCGAAGCCUCCAGCGGCACACGAGAGUAUAAGAGCGCCGCGCCGAAGCGCAAAACCGCCGCUACAGCCAAGGAGAAAGCUACAAUAACCAGUGCGCCUACUAUGCACGACCAUCAAGUCGACGACCAGCCAAGACUCCCUUGGUCCGACCUCCCCUUGGAUAUCCUCCACGCCUACCGCCAUGUCCAUAAACUUCCCACCCCCAGCGCCUUCUCAAACGAUUACUCCCGCGUCGUCCUCUCCCAAGGCGUCGGCCUCCGUUCUCCUACUGCCCUCGCCGCCCGCCGCGCACAAUCUUCCAAAGACCGCAGUGAAUGGAACACAGCCUCAGGCUCACAGACUGAGUCCUCCGUUGACGAUACGAGUCUGCGUCGCAUUAUCGGACAGGAUCGUGUGAGCAAGGAUCAGUUUGCGCUUGUUGUCCGGAGACAUUUUAAUAGUGCUGGGCUCUCGGAGCAGGAGACUAUUGCGAGGUUUCUUUAUACAGUACGCGAGGAGAGGAGGGGACGUCAGUUCCGAUUGAGAUUUCAGCCGUAA